AUGCAGCCGAGCGGCCGCGACACGGCCGGCGGCGGCGACGGGCCGCAGGACGACUUCUUCGACCAGAUGCUGUCCACGCUGCCGUCGGCGUGGGCCGAACUGGGCGGCGGCACGGCGGGGAAGGCGCCGUGGGAGGUGGUGGCGGGGGCGGGGGUUGAUCCGGCCGCCGCCGCGGCGCAGGUGUUCGACGAGUCGGCGCUGCUCGCGUCGCGCCUCCGGCAGCACCAGAUCGGCGGCGGCGGGGGAGACAAGCCGGUGAUGCUGCAGCUCAGCGACCUGCACCGGCAGGCCGGCGGCCUCGCCCCUCCCGGCGGCGGCGGCGGCGAGGAGGACGGGAGCGGCGCGUUCUCGCCGCUGCCGCUGUUCACGGACCGGACGAACGUGCCGCCGCGGGAGGAGAUGGAGGGCGGUUUCAAGUCGCCCAACGCCGCCGGCGGCGAGCACGCGCUGUUCAACGGGUUCGGGGUGCACGGCGGCGCCGCCGGGCAGCCGCCGUUCGGGCAGGGAGGAUCAAUGUCUGGGCAGAGCUUCGGAGGGCCGGCGGCGAGCGGCGGCACGGCGCCCGUGUCCUCCUCCGGCGGCGGCGGCGGCACGGCGCCGCCGCGGCAGCAGCGGGUGCGCGCGAGGAGAGGGCAAGCCACCGACCCCCACAGCAUCGCCGAACGUCUUCGGAGGGAGAGGAUAGCGGAGCGGAUGAAAUCGCUGCAGGAGCUAGUCCCAAACGCCAAUAAGACGGACAAGGCGUCGAUGCUGGAUGAGAUCAUCGACUACGUGAAGUUCUUGCAGCUCCAGGUGAAGGUUCUCAGCAUGAGCCGGCUGGGCGGCGCCGCCGGCAUGGCGCCGCUGGUGGCGAGCAUGUCGUCGGAGGGCAACAGCAACGCGAGCAGCAACGGCGGCGGUAAGGCGAGCAAGGGCAGCACCGGCGGAGAGAGCGGCGUCGGAGGCGGAGGCGGCGGCGGCGGCGGGAUGCGGGUGACGGAGCAGCAGGUGGCGAAGAUGAUGGAGGAGGACAUGGGCACGGCCAUGCAGUACCUGCAGGGGAAGGGGCUCUGCCUGAUGCCCAUCUCCCUCGCCUCCGCCAUCUCCUCGGCGACCUCCUCGGCGUCGCUCCUCUCCCGGCCGUCCAUCCGCCACGCCGGCCCGCCGCAGAUGCUCGACCCCGCGACCGCAGGCCGGCCGACCUCGCCGGCCGCGGCGCUGUCUAACGGCACUCCCGGCGCCGGCGACGACACUGGCCGGCGCGCGCAGGACGGCGGCGCCGGCGGGACGCAGUGAUGACCGAAGCUGGCCGACGAAGAUUGUAUCCUUCGUUGUACCUUUUCUUCCUCUCAAUCAUUUGUUGAUGAGAAAAAGAAAAUUGAUCAGUGAAUUAUACUCCCACUUAUUAUUAUAUAAACGCAACGAUUAGAAGAGCAUUUACGAAGUUAGAUUGUUCGUCCUUGUCGAUCGUCACGAUAAAUCGCAAUUAUCGCUGUAUCAUCGUCUCACGA